GCGGUGGGCGGGGCAAGGGACCCGUCUCACAAGGCGACGAGUGGUUGGAACCUUCCCUCGCCUUCCCCUUCCCCUUCCCCUCCCAGGAUAGGCUGGGACCCGGCACCGGAGCUAUCCCGUGGCCGCUGCGGCCUCAGCUCCAGCCGGGCCGGGGUACGGAGAGUCCAGACCGCUUCCAGGGCGAGUGCUCCUGAUUGUGACAUCACAUCCAUCCCCUUGGCGAUGGAGCUUGUCACUAGGAAGGAAGACUCAGUCGGACAAUAGCCAACAAGAUGGGUUACUGGGAGCGUCUCCUGAGUGGCACUGAGUGGAGGCCUCAGGGGGUUGGAGCCUUGUGAACAGGGAACCUACCCCCCAACACUUGGAAGGACCUGGGUUUCAGUGAUGAGACAUGGGGUAUGAUGUAACCCGUUUCCAGGGGGAUGUUGACGAAGACCUUAUCUGUCCUAUUUGCAGUGGAGUCUUGGAGGAGCCAGUCCAGGCACCUCAUUGUGAGCAUGCUUUCUGCAAUGCCUGCAUCACCCAGUGGUUCUCUCAGCAGCAGACGUGUCCGGUGGACCGUAGCGUUGUGACGGUCGCUCACCUGCGCCCAGUACCUCGGAUCAUGCGGAACAUGUUGUCAAAGCUGCAGAUCGCCUGCGACAACGCUGUGUUUGGCUGUAGUGCUGUUGUCCGGCUCGACAACCUCAUGUCUCACCUCAGCGACUGCGAGCACAACCCCAAACGGCCUGUGACCUGUGAGCAGGGCUGCGGCCUGGAGAUGCCCAAAGAUGAGCUGCCAAACCACAACUGCAUUAAGCACCUGCGCUCCGUGGUGCAGCAGCAGCAGACCCGCAUUGCAGAGCUGGAGAAGACCUCCGCCGAGCACAAACACCAGCUGGCGGAGCAGAAGCGAGAUAUCCAGCUGCUAAAGGCAUACAUGCGUGCAAUCCGCAGUGUCAACCCCAACCUUCAGAACCUGGAGGAGACAAUUGAAUACAACGAGAUCCUAGAGUGGGUGAACUCCCUGCAGCCUGCAAGAGUGACCCGCUGGGGAGGGAUGAUCUCGACCCCAGAUGCUGUACUCCAGGCUGUAAUCAAGCGCUCCCUGGUGGAGAGUGGCUGUCCUGCCUCUAUUGUCAACGAGCUGAUUGAAAAUGCCCACGAGCGGAGCUGGCCCCAGGGUCUGGCCACCCUAGAGACAAGACAGAUGAACCGGCGCUACUAUGAGAACUACGUGGCCAAGCGCAUCCCUGGCAAGCAGGCUGUGGUCGUGAUGGCCUGUGAGAACCAGCACAUGGGCGAUGACAUGGUGCAGGAGCCAGGGCUUGUCAUGAUCUUUGCGCAUGGCGUGGAAGAGAUAUAGGAGCUCUCGACGGGCUAGCAGGAAGAGAUGGCGACCAGAAAACCCAUCACUCCAGCACCUGGCUCCCGAGUCCUCCCUACUAUCCACAGAACCGUGGCCUACAUUUGGGCCGCACGUUUCCCUACACUUCUGGCACUGAAGGGCCCAGGGCACUUUGCUCAGCCUUUCAGGUGGGAAACCCAGAUUCCUUCCUUUUGCCUAAUUUCUUCCCCUAAGAUGUCUGUAAAUUUUCAGUCAGUUUGGGAAAAGUCCCCCACCUCUAUAUCUGUUUUCCUGCCUAGGGUCCCUGGUUCUAGAUAUUUUUAGAAAGCACAAAGAACUCAUUUUCUCUAGAGGAUCAGGGUGGAGUGAGGACUAUCUGAUCGUUCCCCCUCCUCCAAAACCAGGGAAUCAGAGCGGGCAGGCCUUUUGACACUAAACAACGUGCGAGGGCAGCUCUGGGGAGCAGACAUCCUGAAGAAAUGGUAAGGGUGGGAUCAAAACCCUAGAAAUAAGCAGUGAGGCCAGGAACUGAUGGCCCUUAGGGGAAGACAGGACCUCUGUGCCAAGCAAUACCCUGUCCAGCCCACCUUCCGGGUGCAGGUUCCUGCUGCUGCUGCAGGUGUACAGGCUAGGAUGCCGGAAUUUUCCAGAUGAGUUCUGCUUUCUGACAUUUUCUCAUAGUUAGGGAAUGACAGGGUUGGGGGUAGGGGAUUAGUCUGUUGGGGUGGAUGUGCUCAGCAAGAAGCAGCUCUCUGGCUUUUGCUGAUAUCAGGUAGGCACUGCCUCUGGCAUGGGCCGUAAUAGUUCCAUAGACCCCCUCUCCAACCCUGUGAUUGUAACUGGUUAUUUUGAUAAUUUCCUUUGGCCAUUGUUUGUAUUUCCUUCCCCCCCACUUUUUUUUUUUUUUUUUAGAAUGGCCUGGUUAUGGCUACCCCACUUUUCCAGCCCAGCCACAUUGUUGGCGAUCUAAUUUAUUUACUUUUUUUUUUUUAAGAAAGGAAAAAGAAAAAAAAAUUAA